AUGAGUUGGAAAAAACUUCUGUCAUUAAAUCCAAUCGAAUUUGUAGACCAAUAAUUGGUUAUUUGCAAAGGAGAACUUCCAAAAGGCUUAAGAGGGUCAUUAUAUAGGAAUACAGUUUCAACAAAAAAGAGGAGAAAUGGAUUUCCUGGGCAUUUAUUUGAUGGGGAUGGAGUGAUUUUGAAGAUAGAAUUUAAAGAAGAUAGGGCAAUUGCAACCUAUAAAUUUGUUUAAAAUGAAGGAUAUGUAAAUGAAUAAUAAAGAGAUGAGUAUAUUUACGCUGGCUUGGGUAGAACUUAUACAGGAAACUUCUUUACCAAAAUAUUCAAUUCUUUCUCAUUUAAGAAUCCUGCUAAUACAUCAGUAUUACCCUUAAAGAGUGGAGAACUUUUAGCAUUAUGGGAAGGAGGAUUACCAACAAAUCUAAACAAAAGUGAUUUAGCUACCAUUGGAUUGACCAAUGCCAAUAGUUUAUAAAAUGCUGAUACAUUUUCUGCUCAUCCCAAAAUAGAUCCAAAAUCAGGAAUGAUAUAUAAUGUAGGAUUGACUCAUGGAAUGAAUUAAAUGGUGAAUGUAUAUGAAAUGAAUUAAAAUGGGUAAAUUAUAAGAAGAAACUCUGCUUAAGUAAAUGGAAGAAGAUUUAUGUUACAUGACUUUAUUUUAGCAGGCAAUUAUUUGAUUGCAAUUAUGUAUUCUUAAUUUGUGACAGACUUUCAUAAAAUUCUAUUGGGCAGAAAGUCAUUGGGUUAAGAUGUACUAGAUGAUGAUUCUUAAGGAAUAUAAGUGUUUGUUUUCGAUAGAUCAAAAAAUCUUUAGUUAAUUGCAAAUAGGAUUAAUUAUUUCAAAUUUAAUGUUUGGCAUUACUCAAACGGCUAUGUUGAUGAAAAUGGUAAUGUAGUUGCAUAAGCCAUCACUUAUCCUAAUUAUGAAUUAUACAAUAGCUUUUUUGUUGAGAAUCUUCUUAAAAAUGGACUUAUUGAUUCUAAAUCUUCCUAUGAUCGUUUGAUAAUCAAUCCACUUACAGGCGAGAUUUUACAUAAGUAACAAAUACUAAAUGAUUAUCUUGAAUUUCCUAUUGUCCAUGAUGAUGACGUUGGUUCAAAGUAGAAUUUCACCUAUGCAAUUAUCUAAGAAAAAAAGGAUGAUUGGUUUAAUGGAAUUAUUAGAAUUGAUGAAGAUAACCCUUAAAAUAGUUAAAGAAGAUUUUAUUAAUAAGAGCAAUAUUUAACAGAAGCAUUAUUUGUAUAAGAUAAGAAUAAAUAAAAAGGAGAGGGAUGGUUAAUUUUUGUAAUCUUUGAUGGAACUGUAGAUAAAUCUUUUGUUGAAAUCGUCGAUGCUUUAUCCUUCUAAUCAGUCUGUUUACUAUAAUUACCUUAGCUAAUUGCACCUAGCUUCCAUGGUAGAUUUGAAUAUUCACAGUGA